AUGGAAGCUUCAAAGAAUGAAAUAUUCUUGGUCCUUUCAUUAGGAGUACAAACUAGCAUGAAACAGAACACAGGAAUCUUAAAAGAGAAACACCGCCCCUCUGAUUAGCGAUUUGCUGCCUUUCAAAGGAUGAGAAUGUAUUUAAUGCUUGUGUGGGCCGUCGAUGCCGUAAGUUGGAGCUACUGCAUUUGCUAGGAAGAGGAAGUUGACUGACUAACUCUUCAGACACUGGUUAUAAAGAAGAGAAACAAUUUACAGACCCUCAUCAACAGAUAGCAUCAAGAUGCUUAAAGUUGCUCUUCACAUCUUUUUGCUGAUUUAUACUGCCACCAGCAUCACCAGAUGGCCUACACGCACAAUCUGCAAGAACAGUCACUUGGAAAUAAAGUACCGAAGCUGUGAUCCCACCAGUGAUUUUGCUUUCAGUUUGAGCACUUGUUCCGCUGCGUUGACUCAAUCAGUGACCAUCAGGAUAGCAACCAUUUUAAGGUACAGUAUCACGGAACUGUCUAUAGAUGUAAAGCUUGACGUUAACGGGAACAAUGUCCCAAUUUAUUCCACCAAACUCUGUGAGCGGCAUCACCCAAAGUAUAACUUUUGUGGAAAGAAGAAAGGAGAAUAUAUCCACUAUGAAGGGCCAGUCCCUGCAAGAUUCAAUGAACUUCCACAGGGAAAUUUUAAUGUAACGGUGCAGCUCUUUAACCAAGACCAUCACACAAUUAUUUGUGCAGAACUUUUCAUCAGGAAUCAAGGAGAGGUGCUGGCAUUUUGAAUGCUGUCAUUAAGAGAUGCAGCAGGAACUAGAGAUUUUUCAUUUUUGUUUUUGCUUUGAGCAAAUCCAGCAAGUGUGCUGCAGUGAAUCAUGAAAAAAUGAAGAUCAAGCUACAAAUGCUUUUUUAAUGCUCCAUUCCUUGUUUUGUUUUUGCCUUAAACACCAUAGAAUCUGCAAUCCAACAGGUGUGCUGCAGUGAAAUAAGGGAAAAUGAAGGCUGAGCUGCAAACUCCCUUUUAAUGUUCCACUCCUUUUAAGGAAGUCACAAAACCUGGUGCAUCAGUUUAUUCCACUGCAGUACUGUAUAUUUAGCUUUCCUACCCACCAUGCUCUGGUCCUUUUUAUUAGCUUUAUGUGAAUGAUUAAUAUAGUGUAUCUGCUGAAAAUAGAAUGCUGGACUUAGAAGACCUGGCUUAUAUAAUAAUUAUAAUUAUUAUUAUAAUUAUUAUUUAUAAUUAUUUUGGUUGCUAUACUGCCUGAUAGCUGAAGCUCUCUGGGCAGUUGACAUCAGCAUGGAUGCAUUGCAUUAUGCCAUUAACUGAGCUGCACAUAAAAUGUAAAUGUAGCUAAUGAGAAACAAUUGUCAAGUUAAAUCCAAUGGAAUGACCACAACAGCAACACUGCUUUUAUGUUCACACGGCCGUGCUAUAUUUGCAAAGUCCACAUUUGGCAGGGGUCUCAUCCACAGUCCCCUGGACACGGCUAUCUCAUAGUUCAUUUAGAUCCCUAGGGAAAAUAUCAAGCAGGAGCAAGCUACAGAAGUAGCUUUUAUUUUGGUACUUUCACACACGUGCUGUGUGCUCCAACUCAUUGUGCUGAUGCUAUUGUCCCUUCAAUAUUCUGUGGCUGAAGCUGUCAGGAAAUCCCAUUUUCACAGACUGCAAGAAUGUACACUCGGAUCUACAUGGAGACCUCUGUGUUACGAAUCUCAGCAGUUUUAUUCGUGAGAACAUCCAGGUCAAACCCCUCUACAGAGACAAUAGCGCUGCCAGGUAGAAGUGCACAAAGCAGCUACAGUUUCCAGAACAUACACAGAGUAUUUUACAGGUUUCUAGUCACUUUCACAAGAACAGGGCAGGUGAUGAGGGAAGAAUGGGCACAUUCCAACAGAUAACAUAUUCAUGAACAGAACAAUAUGAGAAAACUGCAGAGGGGAGUUCUGUACAUCACUACAGUAAAUACUGGUGAUUGCAGAGUAUGGAUAUGACAAAGAGAAAGGCACAUGAAUCAUAACAGGUUUGGGGGGUGUGUAUUGACAUGCAAGAAAACUAGUCAGGGCAGUUUGCUGUAGUCCAGCUGAUUAACAGAAUAAAAGCCUCAAUGCAGUGAAAUGUGGAAGCUAACAAUGUAGCAAGCUUAAUUUUGCAAAUAAAAUUUGCCUCAGGUGA